AUGACUAUUACCGCACUUCCUUCUCCAGACGAUGUAAAAACUCCGAAAAACUAUAAAGAGCAUUUCAAAACGCGCAAAACCGUCGUCACAAAGUUUGUCGACCCAUGCGAGGAGGCGUCACGCGCUUCAAUGGAAUGCUUGAACCGAGGAAAUUACGAUAAACGGAAAUGUAAAGCCUUCUUUGAUGCUUAUAACGACUGCAAGAAAGCUUGGAUAGAAAGGCGGAGGGAAGAUGGCCUUAGGGGGCGAGACAAUAAAAUUGAUAUAAAGACAUGA